GAACUAAAAAACAUAAGAAACCACUUAGCCACACUUAAACUUACAAAUUUAUCUCUCUAGCUAGGAACACGAUCUAAAGACCAAACUUUCCUCAUUCCACUGGAAAGAUGACUCCACCAAUUUUCAAUGCCAUCCGCAAAAAUGACGAGGCCACUUUCAAUCAGUUGAUACAAGAGAAACCGUCUGUGAUAGAGGAAAGAGACAAGGAGAACAAUGGAGAAUCGGUGUUGCACCUAGUCACAAAGAUAGGGCACCAGGAAUUCGCCAAGACGAUAAUUGGGAUCUGCCCUUCCCUAGUAUGUUCCACUGACGAUAAUGGCAACACUCCUAUCCAUUUGGCUGCUACUUGGGGACGCAAAUGUUAGAGUUUGGAGAGAAGUCAACGCCAUUAGAUGAUAUCUCAGAAGUAGAAAAUGACCUCAAACUUGCAGAACUGGUGAACAAUGAUGGCUUGACGCCUUUGCACUGUGCGGCAGUCAGUAACUCGAUCAAAAUCCUCAAGGUCUUUAGCCACAAGACUCCUUCAUCUUUCGAUAUACUCACACAACCACAUAACGAAACAGUCUUCCAUCUAGCUGUGAGACACAAAAAUCUCAAAGCAUUCAAGUUCAUGGCACAGAAAGUCCACCUAGAAAAACUUCUCUACAAGCCGGAUAAAUAUGGAAACACAGUACUUCACACUGCCGCCUCUUUAGGCUCUACUUCCCUAGCGGAGUACAUCAUCAAUGAAACAAAAAUACAUACCAAAGCCAAGAACAUACAGGGUCUUGCAGCGGUUGAUCUUCUCGAUAAAGAUGAUGCAAAUUUCCCAUCUAUCGCAUUAAAGUUUGGUGGCGAGAGUCACAAAGAGGAAAGUGUGAUGCAUUCAGAGGCUUUGCAAAAUGCGAGGAAUACAAUCACGGUUGUCGCCAUCUUGAUUGCAUCGGUUACUUUCGCAGUGGGGAUGAACCCUCCUGGUGGCAUCUAUCAAGAGAGUACUUCCUCGAAAGGGAAAUCAGUUGCGGCAAAAACAGUAGCUUUCAAGAUCUUCUAUGUAAGCAAUAGCAUCGCGUUGUUUACAUCAUUAUGGAUCGUCAUUCUUCUGGUCAGCAUUAUUCCUUUCAAGCCAAAAUCACUCAAGAAUGUCUUGGUUAUAACACAUAAAAUGAUGUCAGUCUCUGUGGCUGCCCUGGCAACUUCCUAUGUCGCAGUGGGAUGGAUCAUUUUACCUCAUUUUGAAGGAACCAAAUGGUUACUCUAUACCACUCUUGGUAUUUCUAUCGUCAUGCGAGGAGGUAUGUAUGUUUUUCUAUGGUUUAAGCUGGCCAAACACAUCUUAAGGAAGAUAGAUACGGAAAGAGACCCUGAUGAGGAGGCCGCAACGGGAAAAGGCUAUGUCAUGUAUUGGAAAUCAUAAAUCCGAGCACCUAUAUCUUAAGUUUAUUUUGUUAGAUAUCUAUUAUUGACUAAUGUAUACAAUUAGGUUAGUGAUGCAGGGCAACUUGUGUUGCUUUCUUAGUUUGUUUUCCUAUUUCAUGUUUGAUUUCUAUAAGGUUGUAAUGUGUGAUUUGAAGGCUUGCGUGACUUAUAUAGCCUUCAUGUGUGGUGUUAAUGCACGAAUUAAACAAGUACGGGUGAGUCUCUGGGGAAGGUGAAGAAUCAAUCUCUAAUCCACGAGCUGAACUUGAAGCUGGGCAAUUGACGGGCUGAAAGGCUUAUUGCGAACUGAGAACGUAGUUGAGGGCGCUACGAGGCGAUGCCGUUUCGAGCUGGUGGUUCUGGUGAGCUGGCUCUUCUUGCUAAGUUGGCUUGUCUUGACGAGAUGUCUUCUCUCGACGAGCUGACUUGUACCGAUGAGCUGGCUCUUCUGGGCGAGCUGGCUGAUCUUGACGAGCAGACUUCUCCCGACGAGCUGACUUGUGUCGAUGAGCUGGCUCUUCUGGGCGAGUUGGCUGAUCUUGACGAGCAGACUUCUCCCGACGAGCUGACUUGUGUCGAUGAGCUGGCUCUUCUGGGCGAACUGGCUGAUCUUGACGAGCAGACUUCUCCCGACGAGCUGACUUGUGCUAUCCUUUCUCCAGGUCUCGAAAAAGUCCCCUUUCCCGAGACUUUCUAUUCCUUAUUUAUACCCGUCCGUAUAGUAGGGUACGCAAGGUGAAUUCUCGAGAGUGCCCCUUUUCUACGCAGCCGAACUCACAUCCUGACCAGGCCGGGCUUCGGCCUGGUGGGCCGGCUCGAGUUCUAAAGUGAUGGUCGGGGCUGGGUCGUUAUUCCUUGAAAUGGGCCGGUUGAUCACUGAGGCCCAAUUGAUGUAUCAACAUGUGGUUUUUAUAAAAAGAGUCGUGAGAAGAGUUUUCUCUAAAAAUCC